AUGAUCAAAAGCUGUUUGGUAAAUAGCAGCCGACGAAGGCUAUUUGGCAAAAUCACUGAAAGAAUACGAUGGAGCAGUGGCAAUUUUCAAAUCCAGUCGCAUGUCACAUUGCGCACAUCAUCUUCACUAUCGUACCUUAAUUGGGUUCUCAACCCUGUCAAACAACUCCUUAAUCACAACCAAACCAUUCUGGGACAUGAUGAACUUGAUUCAUUGAGUAAAAGACAAAUUCAACGACUAGAUAAACUCAUCGAAGAGGGUAAUUAUACAAAAAUCAUUGAGUUGAGAGAUACAAUGAGUUUACAAGAAAUAAGUUACGUUAUUGAACAACUAAUUGCGCCAUUUUCCUGUGGCAACAAUAUCUGUGAUUCUCUACCGUAUGAGUUUUAUCGAAAUUUAGACCCAAAGCCUCCGCAUUGGGAUUCGAUCGUCCGCAUUUUCCCCCUAUUACAACAAUUUGUGCAGGAUACAACAGCAGUUUCGGAUAAAUUGGGUUCUCAAAUGGUUUACAUCUACUACCAUACUAAUCAAUUGGAUAAAAUAACGGAAGCUUUUACCUCGAUAGCCCACCCUGAUGAAAAGACCAUAGCGUAUUUCCUCAAUUCCUUCAUUGUAAACUACGAAAUGGAGACGUUCAAAGUCCACUUCUCCAAGCAAGUCAUCAGCAGCACCAUCAAACUAUCCUCCCGGCUAUUCGAACUUUUGGUUGAGCAGUUGAUUCCAAGGUACUUUUUGUUUGAAAACUUAUUUUAUUGUUACCAAGUGUGGGUAAACUCACCUAAAUGCGAAGAUCCGACACCUAAACUGGUGAGUUUAAUCCUUGGUCAAUUUUACAAGUUUGGAACAACGCCGGAAAUUAAAGAGUUUAAACGCAUGAUCAACAAAAAGUACGGAUCGCACUAUUUGGUUCAGAGCAUCGUUUUGCAAAAUGAGAUUAUCAAUAGAGAGUACUUGUCUUUUAAGAAGACGAUAACUGAUGAAGAUUAUGCGCUAAUUGAAUCACUUGUUCCGACAGAGGAAAUGGAAGAGUUCUGUUACUCGUGGUUAUCGUUUUUGAUUAGAUUUUCCAACAUGGAUGGAGCCAACCGUAUCAUCAAAUUGUACAGAGAAAAAACAGGGCAGGACAUCCCACCACGGUAUUUUGCGUUGUUAAUGGAAUACUACGAGAGAAAUGACCAGUUCGACUCGUUGAUCAAGUUCAUAGAGAGAGGCAAAUCGUCAAUACCCUAUAAGGAUGAGUACUUGACUACUAUCGUCAAAACAUUCGUGUAUUCAUAUUCACGGUUUUCACCCAUGAUGGUAGAUGCUAUUAAUCGAUGGAUGGGCGAUCCUCACCACUUUCAAUUGCACAAAGUUGCCUCGCAAUUUUAUCCAUAUCAUUUAGUGGAACCAUUCAACUAUAGAAAGUACAAAGGAUGGUCGGCACUUAAAUUCAAAGGCAACGAGAGGCAUAACAAGCAGCAGGUCCGAUUUAGAGUCGAAUACGGAUUUCCUGAUUUGCUCGAACGAGGCUUGGCGCCUGAUUUCAAGGAGGUUUUAGAUACAUUUAGAAUGGGCGAUUUGGACGAUAGAUUGUACUUGAAAAGCGUCCUAACAAAGACGAGACAAUACAAUUUGAAGAAUCAAAAAACACUAGAGUUGAGAUCAUUGAAGCAUUUUUCUUUGACAAGAGAGGAUUUAUCGAGGUAUUUUCGCUCAAACAAGAACUGCUUGAAUGAUAGUCAAAAAUUCUAUUUUGUAAGAAUGUUGUUGAAUUUUGGCUUACUUAAAGAGGCAGACUACCUUUUGGCCUUGAUUGACUCAUUGAGCUUGAAUGAUAAAAAUAAAAUGACGAAAUUUAUUUUGGAAAUGCGGUUGUGCUCGAAACGAAAACAAUUUGAUCAAAUGGUGUCAGUUUUGGAUAAGUUCUCGUUAGCUCAAAUAUACCCCAGUCCUUAUUUGUUGAUGCAGUCUCUUUACCUUGAAAGCCUGUUGGCAAACAUGCAGAGAUCACGAACAUCCUUGCCGAAGGAGCAAUUGGAGAGUUUAAACGCAUGUUUACGGAAAUUGAGGGGCUUCAUCGGUGACGCUAAGCAGGUUUUGAAAAGAGAUGAAGAAGAGGUUCCUCAUUUGGUUGAGAAAACAAUACGAAUAUUGGAUGAUUGGAGAAACAAUAAUACCAGAAAUAGAAUCUUGUAA